CUUCAAUCCGCUACCCAUAGAUAAAAAAGUUCAUUUGUUUAAUUUCAAUUUCGAUUUUACUGUUUCAUAUCGAUUCUUUUCUCUUCUUUCCCAGUGAAACAGUCUGUAGUUUUGCACUACAUUGUAACAUUAUAUCAUACUGAGGUUUUCUCUCUUAUAUGAAUCAAGAAAUUCUGGACAUUAUUAUACUUACCAAAAUUCUUUCUUUUGAAAGAGAAGACAUUUUUUCCUUUUACAUAAUUCUGCUUAGGCUUCUGAUGGCUGGUAGUUGGACUCACCACCAAAUGUCAACUUUUUCCAUUUCACAUACUCGUCUAAUAUGGCUGGUAUAGCGCUGAAUAUCGUAUGAAAAAAAACCCCUGAGUUAUAAUCCAAUUUACUAUAAAGCCGAGGAAAUCUGCAGUUAUGUUCGCCAGUCAGUUCACAUUUGUAUAUUACUUAGGCUUUUUGGUGGUUCUCCAAAGGUCGGUUGUAAUAUUGGUUAACUGCUAAUUGAAUCUUUUUAAUACCUCAGUAUUACAAUCGGUAUUUUCCUCAUAAGUUGAACCAUUGAUUAUAAUAACCUUGCGGUGGUUAUUCUUAGAUAUAUUCUUAAUUGGUCUAUAAUUUCUCCGUUGUUCUUUUGUAUAUAUAAUUACUCUUGGACCGUAUUAUAAUAGACAAUGGGAUUCUCAUCUCGAUCCCUCGCUUAUUUCUUAGUGGGCUGCCUUCAACUUGUUACGGCUUCUCCAUUGUAUGAUGGUCCAGAAGUUAUGGAAGCAUCAUCUCAAAAACUCGAAAAACGUUCAACUGAUGUCUUCAAUCAAGUCAUUGAUACAUCUGAUCCAUCAACCCUAUUUGGCUCCGCAAGCCAUCCUUUGACCCCAGCCGGGCUUUCCGAAAGUGGAAAGCCUACCGAAACAAACAAGUUCUAUGAUAACCUUUUGAUCGGCUCAAGAACCUCUUUUCUCUAUGCUGACCCAUACCGCUAUUGGUGGCAGUCGUCCAUUACUCAUUCUGGUAUAUGCAUUGCUCAUACUGAUGAAAAUCAACGUGUCUUCGACUGGGGUAGCACCGUUCCCAAUUUCUAUUAUAAUCCAAUUGGUCUUUGUUCUUUAGCUUUUGGUGGCUCUGGAUUGACUAACGCCAUUGCUCCCCAGGUCGACGAAAUCGAUCAGUUGUCCGCUCGCGUAAAUUUCAACUGGGGUUCUUCUUCAAUGAAAAUCUCUUUGGUCGAAGGUUUGGCCUUUACCACUGCUGAAUACAGCAAUGCCGUUCCCGAAAUCUUCACAUCUACAUUCUUUAUGAAUGCUGUGGUAUCGGCUUCUGGAUCCUCCGCUACUCAAAAGUACAAAGUCACACUGUCCGAUGGUCAUAUCUGGCUCAUUUAUGUGUUUGGUGAUCACCUUACUUUGAACGCCAACGGAAACCAAGUUCUUGUUGGCUCAAACUCCUUCAAUGGCUACAUUCAAAUAGCAAAGAUUCCCUUUGGCGAUACUAAAGCUGAGUCUAUUUAUGACCAACAUGCAGGCAGUUAUGUAACUGGUAUUUCUGUUUCCGGUCAUGUUGAUGGCGACACAGGUUACUAUACCUUCAACCUGAAGACUUCCGGUGAUAGUUCUGUUACGCCUUUGCAUUUCUUGUUGCCCCACCAAAUUGAAUCACUGUCCUCUGGUGCAUCUACUACCGAUAUUUCUUUGGUUUCACUUGUUAGUGGCUACGCGACAGCUGUUGCCGGCAGUUCAAUUACUUUUGCUGAUACUGUUCCUAAAGAUAUCCAUUUCUUGCCCUGGUCACCUGAGGGUAAGAAGGUUGGUUAUUCAACCGAUGCACUCAAUAUGAUCACCACUGUUGCUGAUCAAGAGGUGAACGGUGAUAUGGCUGCUGAAAGUAAUUUGGACUCUAUGUAUUAUAGCGGUAAGGUUCUUGCCAAGUAUGCUAUGCUUUGCCUUACAGUUAACGAUAUCGUUAAUAAUACUCAGACGAGCAAUACCUGUGUGCAAAAGUUAGAAAGUGCCAUGGCUCGCUUCGUCGAUAACAAGCAAAUUAAUCCUUUGGUUUAUGAUUCUACCUGGAAGGGCGUAGUCAGCAAAGCAGGACUUUCUGGCUAUGCAAUGGCUGAUUUUGGAAAUACUUACUACAAUGAUCACCAUUUUCACUAUGGUUACUUUGUUUUGACAGCUGCCGUUAUUGCUCAUAUUGACCCUAAUUGGUUAACUGUUGGUAACAACAAGAGAUUCAUCAAUUCGCUUAUUCGUGAUGUUUCUAAUCCCACUAGCGAUGAUCCUUAUUUCCCUGUUCAAAGAAUGUUUGAUUUUUACCAUGGUCAUUCCUGGGCAGGAGGUCUCUUUGAGGCUAAUGAUGGCAAGGAUGAAGAAUCCACUUCAGAAGACUAUAAUUUCUUCUACGGUAUGAAGUUGUGGGGUGAGGUUACCGGUGAUCAUGCUAUGGUGGAUCGUGCAAAUAUUAUUCUAUCUGUUUUAAAGCGUGCACUAAACAAGUAUAUUCUUUAUUCGGAUGGAAAUGUUCAACCUAAAUCUAUGCAACCUAACUAUGUUGCUGGUAUUACCUUCAUGAACAAGAUUACUCACGUUACCUACUUCGGAAUGAAUCCUGAAUAUGUCGAAGGUAUUCAGAUGCUUCCAAUUACCCCCAUUUCCGCCUACAUUCGAGAGCAAUCUUUCAUUAGAAACGAAUGGAACAAUAUGCUUAUCAACGCUCUUGCAACAGCUAGUCCCCCUUGGAGAACCUUGUUGUAUGCUGAUUAUGCUAUUGCAGAACCAUGGACCAGCUACAACUAUUUUGCUACACCCGCCUUCCAAGCUGGCUGGUUAGAUAUUGGUGCUUCUCGUGCUUGGUAUUUAGCAUUUUCCGCUGGUUUGGACGGUAGAAAUGCUGUUUACUACCCUACUGACGUUUACGCUUCUGAUUCCGAUUCUUCUUCCUCUUCAUCUGGCUCUAGCUCUUCUUCAGCUUCUGUUACUACCACAACAAGCCAGGUUCAUCGAACUACUUCCGUCACGAGCUCGGUUAGCCUCCCAACCGACGGUAUCGAUACCAGCUCCACUGCUGUUACUAUAAUUUCCGUAUCCAGUUUCGCACCUGUGCCCACUUCUACUUCAACUUCAAGCUUGAAGAUUUGUAACAAGGCUGUGUACGAUCCAUCUCUAUAUGUCUGCGAUGAUGAUGUACUGUGCCCUAUAGUGAAUGGUGUUUCAUACGCGAAUUGCAACGGUGCUUGCUAUAACCCAGUUCAUUACGGGUGCUACAACAACGCUUUAGGCUUGCCUACAGGCACUUCUUCUUACACUAUAUCGUCUUCUAUCCGUACAUCUGCACCCACCGCAGGCACUUCCUCCGGUACCCCUUCAACAGAUACUAAUUUAUCUGAAUCACCUAGACCCACUUCUGGAAUGCAUACAUGCGGUGGUACCAUGUAUGAUGCUAGUGCUAUUGUUUGCUAUAAAAAUGAUGUUCUUUGCCCUGUUAUUGAUGGUGAUGUCUAUCAAGAAUGCAACGGUUCUUGCUACAAUUCCUCCAAGUUUACCUGCAAAAAUGGUUCAGUAUUUCACAAAAAUGGUUCAGAAUCUUCCACUGCUAGUGCCACUACUGCCACGAGUGCUACUCCUACUUCUUCGUCUAUUACAGCAACUUCUCCUUCUGCCACAGCAUCUUCUACUCCGAUUAUCGCUCAAUGUGGUUUGGCUUGGUAUAAUUCUAUGAGCUAUGUAUGCUAUGGUAACUUACUCUGUCCCAUUGUCGGUAAUAAACCAAUGCAAGCCUGCGGUAGCGCGUGCUAUGAUUCUGAUGCUUAUAAUUGCCUUGGUGGUAGACUUGUUUCCAACUAAAUUGAGUGGGCGCUAUUUGAAAGCAGAGACAAGCAAUGAUAAAAUGCUUCCGCUUACAUUUGUUAUUUUUAUUUUUGUUAAUGAACUGUUUCUUUACAUAAGAACACGUCUGGUACGUGUUACAAUAUGGGAUUAACAUAAUGAUGCUUCUGCAUUUGCUUGCUGCCUUUUUUGUGAAUGAAAAGUAAGGGGCUAAUCAGUUAAUCGUAUAUUUUGUGCAUAUUUGUUUGGGUCUUUUUGAUAAAGACGUUUGAUGGACUAUUGUUCAAUUUUUUGAGAGAAUUGAAUCUCUUGUUUGGGUGUAUAUAGAUAUAGACAUACAUAUAGACUGUAUAGACACAUACUUAUAAAUAUUAUUUUUAAUAUCAGUGUCACGG